UUGAAUAUAUCACUGCAUAAUCAGUGUACAUUUAUAAAGAAAUUAUUCCAAACCAAGUUUAAUUCACUUCGCGUACCGUAAUGGCCUAUGUAUCAAAGAAAUUAUUCAGGACACACUCUCUCCUUGAUCGAGUUAUUCAUAAUGAGCCAUGGGACAUUCCUAAAUUCAAUGUUUCAUCAGCAAAGAAAGAUAUCUGGGAGGAUCAUUUCGAACAAGGUUUAAGACACUUAGAUGAAAAUAAAUCAAAUCUCGCUGAACAAUCGCUCAGUAAAGCCUUAAAAAUCCUAUCUGCUUCUCCAAUGACAAAACACCUUAACAAAGAGAAAGCAACAUGCUUCCACGCUAUGGCGGAAAUCUAUUCAACCCGAGCAUCGCAGCAGAUGGAUGAUGACGGUUUUUGUGAAAUGAUGGUUAAAAGCAUCGCUCUUUUCGAGGCCGAGCGAAUUUACAAGCACGGCAGCUACAAGGCUGACGAGGAAACCGACACAGCCAUCUUCGAAGCAGAAGUAAAGUUCAUUAGUAAAGUAUUUGGGGCUGGUGGUGUCGAUCAUUACAAGAAGAUGGAAAACAAAAAAAAUCUGAAUCGGCAAAAGUUAGAAGAGAUUCGUUUGAAACUAACGAAUUUUCCCUGCCCUUGA